AUGGGCCAGACAACUUCCUCACCAAAGAUCACACCCCAAGACAAAGCAGUUUUACAGCUUAAGUUGCAGAGAGAUAAGCUUGAGCAAUAUCAGGCCAGUAUUCAAUCUGUGAUUGAUAAAGAAGUCUUAAUCGCUAAAAUAUUCUUAAAGAAAAAAAACAAAGAAAGAGCUUUGCUUUCGUUGAAAAAAAAAAAGUAUCAAGAGUCUUUACUAAAUCAGUCAUUUAACCAACUUAAUAGCUUGGAUGAGUUAAUAUCAACGAUUGAGUUCAAACAAAUUGAGAAAAAUAUUUUUUAUGGUCUCACGCAAGGUAAUUUAAUUUUGAAAAAAUUAAAUGAAGAGUUAAAUAUUGAAAAAAUUGAGAAAUUACUAGAUGAAACCGACGAGAACAUUAGUUACCAAGAGGAGGUUUCUACUUUGUUAAGUCAAUCCAUUACAAAUAAAGAAGAAGAGGAGGUUAACCAAGAAUUGCUUUCUUUGGAAAGAGAGGUUUUAGGUAUAGAUAAACAACAAUCGGUAAAUGAAGAAAGUAAAGACGAAUUAGAAAGUUACAAAUUGCCUCAGGUCCCAAAUACUGCAAUUCUAGAUGAUGUCUCUGAAUUUGCCAAUGGUAAUCAAAUUCAAGCCCAAAAACGUAAACAAAAGCUGAAAUUAGUUGCUAACUAA